UGUCAUUCUGAUUUAUAGUUUUUGGUUUCUGUCUGUCAAAUAACACAAAGAUUUCUCCUGCUCUGUGAUUGUGUAAUACAAACAUAAUGAAUGCUCUAAGGAGGAAUACGAUAAGAGCUUUUACUAGAUUUUAUAGUGAAGGUACUCAAGGUACCCCUCCACCCACAGCAACGUCUCCACCACCUGGUAAAGUAGUUUCUGACGUUCCUGGACUGAGCAGCAAUGUAAUCCAACCAGCAGCUACACCGCUAGGUCCCGGAGUAGAUCCAAAAAAGACUGGAGCUUAUAAAGUACCUGAAUAUUUUCAGUACGAUAACAUGAGUUUCUUCGAAGCUGAAAUUGAAAUGUCCAAGUUUAGAUGCCCUCAACCAUCUGCUCUCAAGAAGUAAAAUAUUGCUAUUGAAAUUUUUGUUUUAGACUAUUUAAUAAAUUGUUAGACGGU